AAUUGACUUAGGUGGACGCAUGGUGAGCGCAGUGUUCAGUCCAAAGUGAACAUGUUGGGGAGAUCCUAGUUUGAUGAGUUUGUAAAAACAGUUACUGGCCGGGGGCUUUUUACGGUCAGCGAAGUGUGUAGGCUUAUCUUUUAUAACGCAACCAAAUUAACCAUUUUUGAGGCAGGACGCCCUUGUAUUGCUUUAGGAGGAUAAGAUGCUUAGCCAUAUCUUUCUCACCACUGUGCUUACGUUUUGUAGUGUAGCAUCAGGUUUUAACAUAACAGUAAUUCAUACAAAUGACGUUCAUGCCAGAAUAGACGAGUCGAACAAAUAUGGCGGGCCAUGCUCGCAGGGGGACAAAGAUGAAGAUAAAUGUUUUGGAGGCGUUGCUCGCCGUUUUACAGCAGUAAAAGACAUUCGAGAUAAACAUGACAAUGUUAUAUUUCUUGACGCCGGUGAUCAGUUUCAAGGGACAAUCUGGUUUUCUACUUUUGAGGGCCGUGCAACAUCGAGGUUUAUGAAUGAAAUGCGAUAUGACGCCAUGGCUUUAGGGAACCAUGAAUUUGACAACCAUCUUGAAGGCUUGAUCCCAUUCAUCAAUAACGUCACAUUCCCCAUCCUCGCUGCUAACAUUGACGCCUCUGAUGAACCGACAUUCCAAGGUCUCGUGGAGAAGUCCACAGUCUUGACGGUGGCUGGAGAGAAGAUAGGAGUAGUAGGGUAUCUGACAUCUGAGAUGCCUGCACUGUCUCAACGGUUUGGAAAGCUGAAAUUCUUGGAUGAAGUGUCGACAAUUCAGGCAGAGGUCGACAGACUGACAGCUCAGGGAAUCAACAAGAUUAUAGCACUCGGUCAUUCUGGAUAUAAAACAGAUAAAGAGAUAGCCAAGCAAGUUACUGGUGUCGAUUUGGUGAUUGGAGGGCACACAAAUAAUUUCUUAUUUAAUGGGCCAUUGUUGACUAGUGGACCGGAAGUAAUUGAGGGCCCUUACCCGACAGUAGUUACGCAAGCAUCCGGAAAUCAGGUCGUCGUAGUCCAGGAUUAUUUCUAUGGAAAAUACCUUGGGUAUCUUAAUCUUGAGUUUAAUGAUGAGGGAAUUGUGACGUCAUACAGUGGAAACCCAAUUUUGCUGAAUGGAUCAAUUGCAAGAGAUCCGACAAUCCAAGGAGAAAUGGUUGAAUACCUGCGGGUUCUAGACGAUAUCAAGACCAACAAACUCGCAUACUCCAAUGUAUUCUUAAAUGGCGAAAGGCCUCUUUGCGGAAAAAGGGAGUGUAACCUAGGCAACCUAAUUGCAGAUUCUUUAAUGGAUUAUUUCAUAGCAGAUCGAAAGGAAUCAGAUCUCAACUGGAAUGGCAACAACGUAUCUCUGGCUCUACAUAAUACUGGUGGCAUGCGAGCUUCCAUUGAUGCCGGGGAUGUUACAAUGGAAAACGUUCUUGCGCUGAUGCCGUUCGGGAAUCUCAUUGACAUGGUUGCUUUAAAAGGAGCUAUCCUAAGGAAAGCGUUUGAGCGCUCAGUGGGGAGAUAUCCCGAAGUUGCUACUGAAUUUCUCCAAGUAUCAGGAAUCCAUGUGGUGUAUGACGUCUCUAAACCCCCUGGAAGUCGCGUGGAGACCUUAGAAGUGCUAUGUACGGAGUGCAAGGAGCCUAUGUUGGAACCAGUUGACGACAACAAAAUCUACAAUGUUAUUAUGCCAGCAUAUGUUGCCAAUGGCGGUGAUGGAUACUUUGUUAUAAGAGAUAAUAAACUGGAUCAUCGUAAUUUGGGCAUUCUGGACACUGAUGUCUUCAUCGCCUACAUCAAAAAGCGUUCGCCUCUCUAUCCAAGCACAAAUAAGAGAAUCGUUAUUAAAGAUGGUUCCAAAGGACCCAUCAGCUCGGCUAUGAGUUCAUCGAUAUCUGUCGCUGCCCUAUUAAUAAGUGCCUUCUUCGUAAAUCUGCUUUUCUGACACAUUUGACACUCUUACCAUUUUGUAAUAGCGAGUCAUUAAUAUGACCGCACGGGACAUUAAGCAGGUGACGUCAAAUAUGGCUAUCAUUGGAAAGCUACCAUUGGAGAUAUACCCAUGAACUCUCUGAACGGUUUUUAUUUCUAAUAACAUAUUUUUAAAAAAUAUCAAAGAUUUUCCACAACAUUUGUACUAAAUAAAUCUAACUAGAAUAUUUUGC